CCCAAUCUGUUCCUUCUCCAAACCCCUGCGCAGGAUAACACACACUAGCAGGCAGCAGCAGCAGAAGCAGCCGCGAGCCAAGAAAUGGAGGCAGCGGCAGCCAUGGCGGCCCUCCCCGCUUCUCCCUGCUCAUCCUCCUCGUCCCCGUCGUCCCUUUUCCUCGCUCCCAACCCGUGCUGCUGGAAGGCGGCGCCAAGAGCUACGGUCCGCGCAUCGGCGUCGGCGGCACGGCGGACGCUCUCCUCCGCGUGGGAACUUCCCGGGCCGUCGGCGGCUCGGCCUGCGGCAAGGAAGCCGCGCCUCGAGGAGCUGGACACCACCAACAUGCUCCUUCGCCAGCGCAUCGUCUUCCUCGGCUCCCCGGUGGAUGAUAUGAGUGCUGAUCUUAUCAUCAGCCAACUCUUGCUGCUGGAUGCUGAGGAUAAAACUAAGGACAUCAAAUUGUUUAUUAACUCACCUGGAGGCUCCAUAACAGCAGGAAUGGGAGUUUAUGAUGCCAUGAAAUUUUGCAAGGCUGAUAUAUCAACUGUCUGCUUUGGACUGGCGGCUUCCAUGGGUGCAUUUUUGCUAGCUGCUGGGACAAAGGGGAAGAGAUUUUGCAUGCCUAAUGCGAGAAUUAUGAUCCAUCAACCAUCAGGGGGUGCUGGUGGGAAGGUCACAGAGAUGGGAUUACAGAUACGAGAGAUGAUGUAUGAGAAGAUAAAGAUCAACAAAAUACUGUCAAGAAUCACCGGGAAGCCUGAAGAGCAGAUUGAUGAGGAUACAAAGUUUGACUAUUUCAUGAGUCCUUGGGAAGCCAAGGAUUAUGGCAUAGUUGACAGCGUUAUAGAUGAAGGGAAGCCGGGGUUGGUUGCUCCUUUGGCAGGAGCUGUGCCACCUCCAAAAUCGCGUGUGUGGUACUUAUGGAAUGCUUCAGGACCAACUAGAAAAAUCAUGAAAAAUCUACCUUCAGAGGAGAAGCUUAUUCAAAAUGGUAAUGGCAGUGCAAGUGGAGACGAUGGGAAGUUCAAGGAGAUCUCAACAGCUUGAGGUACGUCUGCCAGGUCACACAGUUACCAUUGUUCUACGGUCGAACAUAGCUUGGCAUGAUAUGUUAGCUUACAAUGCACAACUUUGGGUUCCCUUCAUCAGGUUAUUACACAUUGUGAAGCUUAAUGUAGUCUGGCAGUAGUAGAAAAAGAAUGUCAAGUAGCUGUAGCGCUCCUUAAUUUUAUGGACUGCAAGAACACGUUCUUCCAAUGCAAUAACUCAUGGCGAUUUCCAGUGUACAUUGCUUUCAUUCUGCCAUUAUGUUGGCUGAAUUAUUAUUGUUCUUGCCAAUUGCCAUACUUAAAAAGAAAGAGAGAAAACCCAGCAAGUUAUAUUACAACACUGCCUAGAUUGUUCUCUUAUGUUAUGUAUAUGCACUCUAUAAACAAAUCGAUAUGGUGGUUGUUUCAGCUUUCA